GCCCUAGAAAGUAGAAACCAUGAAAGGUUCAGAGAUUUUGAUUAAAACAAGCGAGAGCGAAGGCGAAACUAAGAGCUUCAGUGACAAACCGCAAAAGCCUCCAUUCAGACCAGCUAAAGAUGACACAAAGCCAAUCCUUCAAGAUCCUAUACUGCGAUCAGACCCAAUUGAGACGGAGGAAGCCGUCCUGCGACUUCCCCCUUUUCCUAAAUGGAAGUCCUGAAAUUUUGGGGUUUUGGAUCGUGGAACUUUUGGCAUUUGUUUCAAUUGAAUUGAAUUGAAUGCUUUUGGGGUAUUUUUAUUUUUUCAUGUACAAUUGAAUCAAAUUCUUGCACUUCAAUGAAUGAUUUGCUAUCAUAACGAACUGUUCAUCUCUA